AUGUCAAGAAGUUCUCAUCAUCUUAAUCCACCUUCAUAUGAUGGUAAGCCUGAUCCAGUGGCGUUUGAAGAUUGGAUUAAUCGCAUUGACCAGCUGUUUGAAACCUUGCAAUGCCCUGAGAAAUGGAGGGUAGACUUUGCUGUAUUUUAUCUCACGGGCCAAGCAAGUUUAUGGUGGAAGAUUGUUAAGGAAAAGAAAAAUGAACCUGGGUUUGGAUGGAGCAAACUUCAGGAUUUGAUGCGAGAUAAAUUUUAUCCUCCUUCACUUAGGAAGCAGAAAGAAGAUGAAUUCCUUCACUUACAGCAAGUAUUGCUUCGAGAAUCUCAGAAUAGUAACUUUAAAAGGAGGAAUGAUGGGAGAAAUGAUAAUCAAGGAGGGGCAAAAAGGUCUAAUCAAGGGAGCCAAAAUUUCAGGAGAAAUAGUGGUCAACUGAUUAUAGGGGUCAAGGUUAUCAUGGAGGAGUGUGCCAAGUGUGGAAGAAGGAAUCAUUCAGAGAGUGAAUGUCGUGUUGGCUCAAAUGCUUGCUAUAGAUGUGGGAGUCGUGAUCAUUAUGUCAGGGAUUGUCCUAAGCCACCGGGAGCAAAUAAUAGCAUUGGAGGAACGUCUUCAGCUGGUACUAAUCGCAACCGAAACAACAACACCGCUGGAGCAUAUCGUAACCCACCCCGACAAGCACCGACAGGAAGAAUCUAUGUCAUGAGGCAAGAUGAGGCUGAGAAUGAUGACACUAUUAUUAACGGUACCUUCUCUAUCCAUUCUUUGCCUGUCCAUGUUUUAUUUGAUUCUGGAGCUUCACAUUCUUUCAUUUCCCCAUUGUUUGCCAAAAACCUGAACUUGCAACCAUCAUGUGACUUUUCCUCUCUAAGUGUUGCCCUACCUACUGGAGAAACUGUGAGAUGUAGAGUCAUGUAUAGAAAUUGUCCAAUUGUGUUGGGGAAAGUUGAGUUUCUAGUUGACCUUGUAGAAUUUGAGUUAUCUGAUUUGAUGUGA